CACACACACACACACACAAUGGUGAGAAAGACCGCCCCUUUAGUCAACAGUGCAGUCUACUUUUAUCUGCUUAGCUCACAGUCAUUAUUUCCAUAUUAUUACAGCACUUCUCAGAGAUACACACUGCAGUAUUUAUUCUCCUGUGUAAAGAUGGAUGAGUAUGACAUUAUCGAUGCUGCUGAAAUUGAAGAAAUUAAAAGGUCAUUAGCCACUGAAGAUCUGCCAUCAGCUGUUGACAAGAUUAAGGAUUAUUUUGCACAACAAGAUCGUGUGGAACUGAACAUUGCUGUAACAGGAGAAUCUGGAUCUGGAAAAUCGACAUUUAUUAAUGCCUUCAGGGGUUUAGGGGAUGAAGAUGAAGGCUCUGCAGAAACUGGUCCUGUAGAGACCACUAGAGAGCCUACUGCUUAUCCUUACCCAAAAUUCCCAAACGUCAAAUUGUGGGAUCUCCCUGGCAUUGGAACCCCCAGAUUCAAAGCUGAUGAAUAUCUCAAACAGGUUCAAUUUGAACAAUAUGAUUUUUUCAUCAUCAUAGCAUCAGAUCGUUUCAGAGAAUGCCACGCCAGUCUGGCAGCAGAGAUACUAAAAAUGGAAAAGAAGUUUUAUUUUGUUCGCUCAAAGAUUGACAACAACAUUGAGGCUGAAAAAAGAAAGAAAACAUUUAACAAAGACGAGACACUGGAUACAAUCCGAGACAACUGCAUUAAAGGUCUAGAAGAGAUUGGUCUAAAGUCUCCUGCUGUGUUCCUGAUCUCUUGCUUCGAACUCAGUCUCUAUGAUUUCAACCGUCUUGAGGAGACCAUGGAGAGGGAACUUCCCCAGCACAAGAGAGAUGUACUGAUGCUGGCGCUUCCAAACAUCACUCUGGAGAUCAACAAGAGGAAAAAGAAGGCACUGCAGAGCAACAUAUGGAAGUUGGCUCUGCUCUCUGCCUCGAUUGCAGCUGUGCCGAUACCUGUUGUAAAUGCAGCUGCAUCAAUCACUGCAGAUGUAACCAUCUUGGUGACAGAGCUUAAGAAAUAUUACACUGCCUUCAGUUUGGACCCAGAUUCCUUGCAGAAGCUUUCUGAGAGAUCAGGGAAGUCAGUAGAUGAGCUAAAAUCUGUGUUGAAGUCUCCUCUAAAUAAUGAAAUAACCAAAGAUCUGGUUAUUAGAUUGCUGACAAGUUCAAGUCUUUUUGUUAUAGGAUCAUUAGCAGAAUACUGGCUGGGUUUAAUUCCUGUUGUGGGAUCUUUAGCAGCUGGGUCACUGUCCUUUACUACUAUUUACUACAUACUGCAGAGUUGUCUUAAUGAGCUCGCUGAAGAUGCCCGCAAUGUGCUCAUGGUUGCUUUGCAAACAUCAGUAUAAAUAUGUUUAAAAAAUAAUAAUGUGCCAUUCAACAUCCCCAUAUAUUCUUAUUGUAAUGAAGUAAAUGCCAUUUAGACAUCAUAAUCAUUUAAAUAAGUUGAUUUCUAAUAAUGACUAUUUCUUAAUUUUAAUCUAUCAUAUUUUAUUUGCUGUUUUUACAGUUUGUGGUGUCACAUACGAAUCAACUUAAUUAAAUACAGUUUAUAAUUUAGGUAUGUUGUUGUCUGAUCAGUUUGAGAAAUGCUGUUUAUGAUUGCUCAUUACAUGUUUUUUUUUAUGAUUUAUGAUGUCGAUGCUAAGGUGCUGAGUCUACCCGAAAAUAACUAGAGUAAAUAAUUAUCCUGGGUAGAAAAGAAUACAGAAACAAAUACAACUACCUGUUGUAUCACUGUAACCAUGACAACAAUGUUUUCUGCAGGUCACUAAUCAAAACAAUAAAAUUAUUUCUCUGCUA